GGAACAACGCUUGCACUUCGGCCGCGACUAGCCACACUAGUCCCGACAACAGGAACAGCAAAUUCAUGAAGUCGAAUCCCUCGACAUCAUACAUAAUCAGGCAGCAUGCACACCUACCUGCAUUGGCAACCCUUUUCCCCAACAGCGAAGGAGAAAAGAAUAUCACUGAGAGAAUUAAUAAUGUUCUCACGGUCGGAGUCGUCCCAAACGGGUCCCUGGUUCGGCGUGCCGGAUCCCGCGUCGCGGAUUCGGGAGUCGCACCAGCAGCAGGUGUUUGACCCGUUCGGCAACGGAGCGGCAGCGUGCUUCUGGAAGGCCGAUGGAACAGAAAUUUCACACUGUGUUGUUGGAAAAGACCGUUGGGCAGAGAUGUCAUCGGAAUCAGGCUCAGCCCAGCAGCAGAUUGCGGACGACAUGGGUAUUUCGGAUUCCCCUGAGCGUGUACCAAGGGUUGUUGUCGGGCGAUGGACGGAGGAAACUAUAGAAACGGCGGCCGUUCCGGUGUGGAUCAUCGCAUUUCGCAUUUCGCAUGUGGAUUAUUUGUUGACAGUUGUUGACAGUUGUUGACAGUUGUUGUUUUGUGUGAGGCACAGACGGUGGGAAAUAUCUGAUUUGAUUUGAUUUGAUCUGGAUUUUGUUGGAGUGUUCGGCUGUUGCUCGAGACGCGGAGCCGGACGAGCCUAAAUGGAGGGGUUGGGUGAAAAAGGCAGAGAAGAGAGGGAUAUUUACGACGGGAUAUGGGAUUGACAGUCAAGCGAGACGAAAAUGGAAACAAAACCCUUGGAAAGUGGAUAUGAAAAACGUUGUGUUGGCAACGUGUGUGUUUAUUACCAAGAUGACCUGCAGAAUAUUGUUCCUGGGCAGGUGUUUGUUAUAGCCGGGGUUGGAGAGAGGGUUUUUCAAAAUCAGGGCUGCCCAACGAACCUUGCAUAGCCUCGGCGGGUUGGCAAGGUAAUAGGACAAACGGUCGUGUGGUGGGUAUUUGUCAUCAGGCUGUGUGAAAGAAUGCU